AACUGGAUCCAUUGGUAGUUGCACUUGCGCAUCCAUGUGGGACACUCCCCAACAGGAAACAGCGACCUGCAAGUCAGAAGGCGCCUCUUCUCUAGUUGGCAUCCAGAUUACUCCCAUCUGUGCCUGGCGUAAACCCGGUGCGCACUGCUGCUGCCUCUGAUUCCAAGACUAAUUUAAGGCAGCGCUUUGAACCCAGAGCCCACUGUGCUGUUGUCGUGAAUGUGUUAGGUGCUGCUUUAGUCAGUCCACGGAGCCAGAUUGUAGAUUUGCUGCAGAACAACAUCUGCACAAUAAGUUGUUUUGGUAGUUUUCUGUUCACUUAAGUGGAGUUUAACGCGCUGGAUCGCAACAUGGAUACAGCGAGCGACUCUAUCGGAGAAAGUAAGCCGGUGUGUCAGUGUGCCCCCAAGUCUGCGGUCCAGCGGUGGCUGCCAGGUUUUCCCAUCGCGCUGUGCCUGCUGAUGUCCCUGAGCUCCAUCACCGUGUGUCUUCUGAUGAGCGUUAAGACGUACCAGCUGGAGAACCGACUGCAGAUGGAGAUGGACAAAUCGUCCAUCUUCCAACCCCCGCAAAGGACUUUUCUAAACGAGGAUGGGACCCUAAUUUCAGAGCUGAGCGCCCCAAUAGGGAAACUCGUGGACGAGAAAGUGGUGGUUCUGAUGCCCAAACUGCGGACAGCUAGAGAUGUUGGCCAAGAGUGCUCCUGUCCUCCAGGGCCUCCAGGAAAACGUGGACGGAUGGGAAGAAGAGGGGAACCUGGGCCUCCUGGCAAGGCUGGACGCGAUGGAUACCCGGGUCCACUUGGCUUAGACGGCAAGCCUGGUUUUCCAGGUCCCAAGGGAAGCCAGGGACCAGCCGGACCCAAGGGAGAAAAGGGUGACCAAGGAGACACUGGGCCAAGGAUGGUUUUCCCCCGAUAUGACCAUGGCUUUCUCUCUGGAGAGCAGUCCAGCAGCUUUCAGAGACGCUUUCUGAAGGGUGAUCAGGGCCAGGCUGGACCUGCUGGUCCUCCCGGUCCUCCAGGCCCCCCUGGUCCCCGUGGCCCCCCUGGGAACACCGGCAAGGACGGACCUCGUGGACCAGCUGGAGAGCCCGGUUUUCCAGGUCGUGAUGGCAUUGAGGGGACACAAGGAUUGCCUGGGAAGCCGGGAGAAGACGGUGAGCCGGGCUAUCCUGGGCCACAGGGUCCUCCAGGGACAAAGGGUGAGCCAGGUACAGGAGAAAAGGGAGAGAGAGGCUUGGAUGGACUCCCAGGAAGCAAGGGUGACAAAGGAGAAGUAGGAGAGCAAGGACCACAGGGACACAUGGGUUAUCCUGGUGAGAAAGGCGUCGCAGGCUCCUCAGACAUCGUUGACUUCAACGGCAAGCUUCUAGAUGCUUUCCAGGCGAUCAACACCAUCAGUGUUUCGGGCCCACCUGGACCACCAGGACCCCCAGGCCCUCCAGGUGAAAAGGGGGAGCUCGGUUUGCCUGGACCAGCAGGAGUCGAUGGAGAUAAGGGACCAAAAGGCGACAUGGGCGAGAUGGGGCAUCCAGGAGAGAGGGGAGAAAAGGGGGAGAUGGGCCUCUCUGGACCUGCUGGUAUGGAUGGACACAAAGGGGAAAAGGGCGACUGCCGACUGGAUGACAACCUGGUUCAGAUGAUUUCCCAGCCGGGUCCGCCGGGCCCACCUGGCCCACCAGGAGUACCCGGGUCCCCUGGAUCAAUGGGUCUGCAUGGAAUGCCUGGUCCAAAGGGUGAGCCAGGAGACUGGAUGAAGGGCGAGAAGGGAGAAGCUGGCUCUCCUGGACUCAGAGGAUUGGACGGCCAUAACGGCCCACCUGGGUCUCCAGGGUUAGUGGGUCUUCCAGGUGCCAAAGGAGAAAAAGGCAGACCAGGGGAGCCUGGACUAGAUGGUUUCCCAGGUCUGAUGGGAGAAAAAGGUGACCGAGGGGAACGAGGAGAGAAGGGCGACAGGGGAACCGUAGGGAAGAGAGGUCUGAAGGGCCAGAAGGGAGAACAAGGUCCUCCAGGCCUGGACCAGCCCUGUCCUGUGGGUUGUGAUGAGACUAAAGGUCUGUCUGUGAAGACAGGGUCUUCUUCUCAAACUCCUCCUCCUUCCGGCCCUGAGGCCCCCUGUCCUGUGGGACAGGACGGGCUCCCAGUACCAGGCUGCUGGCACAAGGGGCAUUUUGAGGAAAUGGCGAGGCAGAAGCUCAAACGCAAGCGUCUCUCUCAGCCCUGAACGGGCGCAGGGCCUGGUGGAGAAAGGACACAUAGACAAGGCAGAAAGCAUGAGGGGCAGUUUGGCUUUUUUUUUUUGGGAAGCAGAGCUAGCCAUGCGAUGCCUCUGUGUCAAACUGAACACUCAGAUCCUCCGUUGUGGAAACUCCCCAGGAGGGGGCGACAGAGAUCACUGCAUUUCCACAUUCAUCUCUGAAGGGAAGACUGAACCUGUUGCUCAUGAUGUUGCGAAAAAGCUCGAUAACCGGUUGAAGUUAUUUGGGAGUCACUGGCACAUAAGGAAGGAUUUACUGUGCAGAUGCAUUAAACGUGUUGUGGUGAUCUCUUGAAUGAGUCUUUUGUGAAAGGUUUUCGCUAAUUAAUGCAUGAUUCUAAUAAUAACAAGACACAGUGUUGUUUAUCAUCCGACUUGUGGUCCCUCAUUGAAACCUCGAACAACUCAUACGUUACUUUUUAUUUGCAAUAUGCAGUCUUUCCAUAUGAACAAGUCACUCGGAAAUGUCAGUAAGUCCACCUUUUUAAUGGCUUGCAUUUGUGACAUCGGCGACUUGUGUGUAGUUUUUCUAUUGUUUUGGUAUAUUCUUACCUAUUUUUCACCAGUUACAUUUUGCAUUCCUGUGCAUUGCCAUGUUUGUGGAAAAAAAUAGAUGGUGAAACUUCAAGGCCAGAUUUGAAGCUUACAGCAUUGACAGUAUUCAUGAUGAAUCGGUGUUUUAGUUGCCAAUAACUGAUGCAUUUUGACUGAUCGUUUAGUUUUAAUCACAGAAGAAGGCAUGUUUUAAUUACUGCUGCCAGAUUCUCUGGACAACGGUAGGAGUUCUUGCUGCUGACUUAAAUGUGUGUUGUUUGUUUGAUAUUUUUUUGAAUCAAUAUUAGUCAUGGACUGAAGGACUAACGUACUUAAGUAUAAAAUUUGAAUCAAAUAUAUACACAACAGCUGUUUCCUUGGGGUAACUGCUCCCUUUUUAUUCAGCAAAUACACCUUAGCACAGUGUUUCAUAUCUGUCCAUUGUGCAUUUCGUGUGCGUGCUUUCUUUCAGUUCUUGCAAAACAGUCGCACUUCUUGCUAUCAGAUGACUUUUAUUGGUGUGUUGUGAUCUUUGUAUUAUAUAUUGUUUCUCAGAUGGAAUAAUUUCUUGGUGCUUAAAAAUGUUUAUGUGCGCGUUUAACCCUCCUAUUAUCUUAUAUAACAUGACCCCAUUCAGUGUUAAACGUCUCUAAAUAAGUGACUGACUUAAUUUUUUCAGUUUUAUUUAAAGGACUGUUUACACAUAAAAUUGGGUAACAAAUUUAAUUCUGAUCAUUUUCUGGUGGUUUAAAUUGCUGGGGUCAAAUUGACCCCGAGGAUAAAUGAUGUCAGUAGAUUUGAAGGUAAUAGGAGGGUUAAAGCUCUAUUCGACGUGCAAAUGCAAAAACACACACUUGCAAAAAUGCAUACUUUUUAAAGAAUCCUAAAACGUAAGGAAAGGCGAAUUGUACUAGCUAGUGCUGAUUUAUCAUUACCAGUUUUCAAAUACUUGGAUACAUGUAUGCAGGCUUGAGAUUGCAUAGGAUCAUGAUGGACAGACAGACAUUUACAUGGAUGGGAAAUGAUGUUGAAGUUUCUUGUAUACUCCACAUUGAUGUUAGUUGCACUUUUUUUGAUACAGUAUAAAUAUUAUUCAGUAAUUAUCUUUUUGUAAGGCAGAAUACAUAUUUGGGUUAACCGCUAGACAUUUACAAUGUUUUUUCAACAUGUUAUCAACAUUGGUUGAUCAACACAUAGGCUGCUGAGCAUUUCUGAUUCCAACAAACACUGUAAUAUUUGCAAAUUUCAAACAAAAUCUGGUCAUUACAUUUGUAAUAUGGAGUUCCUCAUGGUUAGAAAUAUCCACUAGAUGACCUGUAAACUGGCUCACGUUGUGUUGCAGUAGCCAUGAUGCAGGCCACAUAUCUCUGCAGUGGUAGAGCUCCUUGUUUAAGUCUCAACAUGUGACAUUUCUGCGAUGAUCCUUUCACAUUGUACCUGCAAAGUUGCAUUACUCCCAUCAUGUAAGACAAUUUCUCUAUCAGUGGGAUAUUUAUGAUGUGAAGAAGGGUUUUGAAUGGUCAAUGCAUCAUAUGUUUAACCUAUACAGUACCACUCAUUUAUGAAAUAACAGGUAUUCUAUAAAUGUUAUGUCUAAAACAAAAGAAAUGUAAACGAAUUGCAUAUCAUUAAACCGAAAUUUUAUUUGCCAAUCGAUGUAUGUUGAGUGAGAAAUCAUGCGGAAAGCAGAAAGGUUUGACUCCAAACUACACAUUUAUAAGCAUUAUUCAGUGGAAGCUGAUGGUUAUCUGUCACUUAACAUUAUCAUAUGUGUUUAUUUCUUUUGCAGAUUCUAUCAGUUUUUUUUGGGGGGGGGGGUUGUAUUUUAUUACUUAAUGGAGGGAGUACAUGGCACAAUGUCUGAAUACAGUUUGAUGUUUUUAGCAAAUCUUAUACCACAGUGUUAGCUUGACUUUGUGAGAAUGGUUUUUUGGUUGUGUAUUUGGUUGUAAAAGAUUUAAGCUAUUUUUGUAAUUACUUGUUUGUAAUUUGUGUAACAUGAAAUCUGGUCAACUUAACAUGUAGACAGAAAUAAACUCUCUAGUUAAUUGGUUUCUUGUCAUUAAAUCAUAACCAUGUACAAUA